AAGUGUUGCGUCACAGCAUGUAGGUGUGGGAGCAACUUUAGGAAACAAAGUGUCCAUCGCUUCAAAAGUACCACACACUUAAACUUGUCCUCAGUCCGUUUGAUAUUUUCGAAAAAGAAAACCCAAAGAGAUCAGCAGACGUUCAGAUCACUGACUUGGUCCUCGUUCAGCUCUCAGUAUGUCCGAUGGGGACUAUGAUUACCUCAUCAAGUUCCUUGCGCUGGGGGACUCUGGGGUGGGAAAGACCAGCUUCCUAUAUCAGUACACAGACGCCAAAUUCAACUCCAAAUUCAUCACCACAGUGGGAAUAGACUUCCGAGAAAAACGACUGGUGUACAAAUCCAGCGGUCCUGAUGGGACGGCCGGGAGAGGACAGAGGAUUCACAUCCAGCUGUGGGACACGGCCGGUCAGGAGAGGUUUCGGAGUUUGACCACAGCGUUCUUCAGGGACGCCAUGGGCUUCCUGUUGCUCUUUGACCUCACUAAUGAGCAGAGCUUCCUUAACGUGCGGAACUGGAUGAGUCAGCUGCAGACGCAUGCGUACUGCGAGAAUCCAGACGUCGUCUUGUGCGGAAACAAAUCAGACCUGGAGGACCAGCGCGCGGUGAAAACGGAGAAUGCACGAGAACUGGCCGAGAAAUACGGUGUCCCGUACUUCGAGACGAGCGCUGCGAACGGCGAGAACGUGAGUAAUGCCGUGGAGGUUCUGCUGGAUCUGAUCAUGAAGCGCAUGGAGAGAUGUGUGGACAAAUCCUGGAUCCCUGACGGGAUGGUUCGCACCAACGGCCACAGCACCAGCAACCUGGCAGAGCCACACGACGCCGAGCAGAGCAAGUGCGGCUGCUAAUGCCGUAAGAAUCCUUCCAGCCGAGGCUCUCUGAUCCUCUUCAUUAGCACUGGUAUACAUCACGGGUGAAUUGAGCGGAUGUCGAGGAUCAGAGACCCUGCGCUGCGUUAAAGCUGGGGACGCCACAUCCUCACUUGGUUUUUUCUCAGAAUGGAUGGACUAAAGCCUCCUAGAUUCAAGUCUUCACGUUUUGAGAGCACUUUACACCAAAUCCUGCGUUCAGAAGCCUUAAUGCAUCAGAUUCGAUGUGUUUCAAGGUCUCCUCUCACUGUGUGUUUCACUGUUAGUGCACAUCUGCUGUUAAAACCUGACGUGCAUCAGUGCAUUUCUCUGAUCCUGACACAGUUGUGUUGAUUUUGUAAAUGAAAACCCCACACUCAAUCACUGAAAAUCAAAAAAAAAAAAAAAAAAAAAGCAUGUUAAAAAAUAAUUUUUAAUAUAUAUAUUUAUGUAAUGCACAACCUGUGUCACUUUUUUUCAAAAAUUAAGAAAAGCAUCAUAUGGACUUGAAAUGGUGUGAGAGAUAAAUAUAUGGCCCUGGACCAUAAAACCAGUCAUAAGGGUCAAUUUUUUUAAAAUUGAGAUUUCUAUAUAAACUGUAAGCAGAAUAAAUAAUCUUUCCAUUGAUGUAUGGUAUGGUUUGUUAUGAUAGGACAAUAUUUGCCUGAAUGCAACUAUUUGAAAAUCUGGAAUCUGAGGGUGCAAAAACAUCUAAAUAUUGAGAAAACUUUAAAGAAGUCCUUAGCAAUGCAUAUUCCUAAUCAAAAAUGAAGUUUUGAUAUAUUUACAGUAGCAAAUUUAAAAAAUAUCUUCAUGGAACAUAAUGGAACUUAAUAUCCUAAUGAUUUUUUGCAUUAAAUAAAGAUGGAUCAUUUUGACCCAUACAAUGUAUUGUUGGCUAUUGCUACAAAUAUACUUAUGCUACUUAUGACUGCUUUUGUGCUCCAGGGUCAUAUAUAUA